AUGGGAGAUCCUGCAAACACCUCUUCUGAGACUCAAGUUCCCAUUCUUGCUGGAACUAAUGCAGCCUCUCUUCUCAUAAAUUCUUCUCAUCCUUUUUUUAUUUCUCCUUCUGAUUCUCCUGGUAUGUUGUUAGUUAAUACAGCUUUUGAUGGCAAGAGUUUUGGGGGAUGGAAGAGAGGCAUGCUCAUUGCCUUGACUGCGAAAAAUAAGUCAGGUUUUAUUGAUGGAUCAACUCAUGAACCUACUGUUGGUACAGACCUGCACAAUGCUUGGUUGAGAGCAAACAACAUGGUAAUUUCCUGGCUUUUGAACUCUCUUUGUAGAGAAAUUUCUGAAAGUGUUAUAUACUCUUCCACUGCUAAAGAUUUGUGGGCAGAAUUAGAAGCAAGGUUUGGACAAAGUUCAGGUGCUAAGCUUUUUCAGCUUCAAAAGGAACUAAGUGACCUUGUUCAGGGCUCAUCUGAUGAUAUUGCGAUUUAUUACACUAAGAUGAAGCGUCUUUGGGAUGAAUUGGAUGCUUUGGAUUUUUUCAUUCCAUGCAAUUGCGCUUGUUCUUGCGAAGCAAAGGAAAAGAACAUUAAGUCCAAGCAAGAUGAACGAUUAGUUCAAUUUUUAAUGGGACUUAAUGAUUCUUAUUGUGCACCUAGAGGUAAUAUACUCAUGAUUUCACCACUCCCUUCUAUCCCUAAUGCUUAUGCAUUGUUGAUGCAAGAGGAGAAGCAAAGGGAGGUCCAGAAUACACCAAAAUUUCCUGGUGAAUCUUCUUCACUCAUCGCUGACAACGGACAAAGAUAA